UAUCCCAGAAAUUUCCAUUCUUUGAUGUCCUUGCGUCUCUUCGCUCUCUGCUCGUGAUCACUGAUCGACUGAGAGUGGCGAGUGACCGUUCCUGCGCGAAUCCGUCUCGAUUCCUGCUGAUAGUCUUCCUGCUGUUGGUUUCAAUGGAUUUCUGAGGACUUCCGCCGCAAUCUUAGGUGGGGCGAAGAAAAUCCAAGCUGAAGCUUAUGGGUGGCUGCCUGUCUGCAAAUGGACAUGGCGAAUCUGCUAACCCACCGCACCAAGCGAAUCAACACAAACACCCAUCUCAGUCUAAUAGUGUUAUCCUAUUUCCACCGGCCAAGGAUGUUGAAGACUUGCGCCUGAUAGCUGGAUAUGGGAACGUCAAUGUCUUCACACAUGAAGAGCUAAGAGUUGCCACCAAGAAUUUCCGGGCAGAUCAAAUUCUUGGAGAGGGAGGUUUUGGAAUUGUGUAUAAAGGUAUUAUUGAUGAGAAUGUCAGGCCGGGUUUCAUGUCCACCCAAGUUGCUGUAAAGGUGUUGAACCCAGAUGGAGUCCAGGGUGACAAGGAAUGGCUGACAGAAGUUCACUAUCUUGGACAAUUAAGUCAUCCGAAUCUUGUUAAGCUUAUUGGAUACUGCUAUGAAGAUGAUUACAGAUUGCUGGUUUAUGAGUAUAUGCCUUGCGGCAGUCUUGAGAAGCACCUUUUCCGACGGAUCUGUCUAACAAUGCCAUGGCCCACUAGGAUGAAGAUAGCACUUGGAACUGCAAAAGGGCUCGCCUUUCUUCAUGGGGCAGAAAGAUCCAUAAUUUAUCGAGACUUUAAAACAUCUAACAUUUUACUAGAUGCGGAUUAUAAUGCUAAGCUUUCAGACUUUGGCCUUGCAAAGGAGGGACCAAUGGGAGAUGAAACUCACGUAUCUACUCGAGUUGUGGGUACACGGGGAUAUGCAGCUCCUGAGUACAUAAUGACUGGCCAUUUGACUGCCAAAAGCGAUGUUUAUGGUUUUGGCGUUGUGCUCCUCGAGAUGCUUAUAGGAAGAAAGGCAACGGACAAUACCAGACCAGCUCGAGAACAGAAUCUCGUGAGUUGGGCACGUCCAGUCUUGCUGCACAUCAGAAAGCUGCUUAAGAUAGUAGAUUCAAGACUGGAAGGGCAAUACUCAAACAAAGUGUUGAACGUGGUCGCAGAGUUGGCACACCGAUGUCUGAACCCGAACCCAAAGAGGAGGCCGACCAUGGAUCAAGUUGUCGAGACCCUCGAGAGCAUUCAAGGCCUGCCUGAGGCCAGUAAUGCGCUGCUUCAGACUGGUGGCAAUUCUGUGACUCUCUUUGAGGUUUCAAAAGUGGGCAAUGACACUGGUACUGACUCUUCAAUCAAAAAGGAAGCAGCAAGUGAAGCAAAAGAGCAGGGCAAGAGGCAAAAAAGUCAUGGAAAUGGAAGAAGCAAGGGUGAACCCUCCGUUGACUUGAAUGUUCUCGCUCCUUCACUCGAGUCCCAUGACAAACAUGAUGAUGAAGACCCAAAUUCCAGUAGUAGAAUUGUGGAGCAUUCUUAGAAGGUCGCUGAUGUUGCAUAUGUACUUGUAUAAAACACGUAUAAAAUUAAUCCUUUGCACCUCUCCAGUCUGAUUGAUGCAAAUAAUCAAUCGAGUUAAAUAAGUCAACUUAUGUAAAAAAAUUUCUCUUGUUUGUGUAUAAACAUGGUGGAUAAUUAUGAUUAAUUGUUGUUGUGUAUUA